AUGCACUCUCUCGCUUUGCCCUUUCUCCUUUCUCGGUUCUCCAUUGUUGUCUUCGACUUGUUGGGCGAAAAGCCCGCUUGCCUCAUCGACUGGACCGGCUGGUAUAGUUCCAUCCACCCUAUCGACGAGCAGCGCCGCAUUCUUGACCGCCUCAUCUGGUCCUCCAGCUUCGAGUCCUUCCUCGCCACCAAGUACCCCAACGACAACUUUCUCUUUGGUAAGUCCAAUGUCAGGCACCUCUCAGAAGCAGAGUGCCGCCUAGCCACCACCAAGCUCUCCAAGGCCCCAUCAUCUGUUCACCUCGAUGCAAAGCUCAAGCCUAUGGGUAGACCCUAUCCAGCGCAGCCACCAGGAAUAUCUGCAAGGCCCGGGCCCGCGUGCAGCACGGCAGUUGGUCGACACUUCCCCGGCGUGCAUUCUCGGCCAUCGAGCCUCCUGCAAGCCCGCUCCCAGUACGGCGAACCCCCGCCCCGGCGUGCCGUCGUCGCUGGUCAGGGUAUCGUCUACGAGUGCUUGGGCUUCCACUCUCUCCCCGCCUUCUCUACCGGUGGUACCAUCCACAGCCGGCCAUGUCAAUGUUCUGCGCAGUACAUCAACGAGCAGUACACCGACCCCGUCAACAAGAUUACCCUCGGCACCUGGCGGCCGGACCCUAAGAGAUGA